AUGGCGGUGACGAGACAACAAAGUCAACGAAUUGAUCUUGAAGCACAAGAGCAGUCGGGUUUAUCUAAUGAAACGGAGACGAAAGUAGGAAUCUUCCAGUCAGUAUUGCGAAAAUUAUCAUAUUUUAACCGAGCAACAACCGAGAUUUUGAGAGGGAAUUCGAUAGAAGCGAUUAAACGACAACAAACAACACUAAAAACCAAAGUAGACGAAGCUUAUGAUUUGAUUGUAUUAAUACAAGGCUUGAAGGUUGAUGCGGGCCAAGAAGAUGAAGUUAUUGACGAGUGGACAAACGAAAACAAAGGCAAGUUACGCGUAUUUGAGGAGGUUAUAGAAGAGUUAAAUAAUAAGCUUUUAGACGACGAAGGAAAACGAAAGGAAAUUGAGCGUCGGGAGAAAAUUCGACAAGAAGCAGAAGCACGAGCUCAAAUUAGAGAUGAGGAAAGAGAGAUAGAAUUGGCAAAGCGUGAAAGAGAAGAAGAGUUUGCGUUAUCUCUUGAGGAAAAGAAGCUAGAAUUAGCUGCUGCGAAGCGGGUUAAAACGAAGUUGCCUGAGCUGCAAAUCUCGAAAUUUCAAGGAACUCAUUUAGAUUGGGUUCGGUUUUGGGGUCUAUUUGAGACCCAAAUUGAUAAAGCUCCCAUGAAAGACGAAGCAAAGUUUGCAUAUUUAAAAGAACAUCUUGUACCUAAAGUUCGAAUUACAAUUGAUCAAUUACCACUGAAUAGCGAAGGGUAUGCAAAAGCGAAAAGGAUGUUGGAGCAAAGAUAUGGUGACGCAAGCGAGGUAGUCAAUGCACAUAUUCAAGAAAUUCUGUCUUUACCUACUAUUACUGGCGUAUCAAAACAAAAGAUACACAACUUUUAUGACAGUCUUUUGGGGCAUGUUCAAGCUCUUGAAGCAUUCGGAAAAUUGGGGGAUGUUGCAGGAAAUGUAAGGAUGACGUUGGAUAAAUUAGAAGGCAUUCGAGCUGAUUUAACGAGAACCUCAUCAGAUUGGAAAAGGUGGACUUUCCCGGAGUUAGUUGAGGCAUUACGACAGUGGAUUGAGCGAAACCCAUUACAACAAAGUGAUAAAAAAGAUGGAUUUUCAUGGAAAGAUGGUAAGCGAGAUAAGUUAUUGUUAACAAAGGAACAAUCUAAACAUUGCGUAUAUUGUGAAAGCAAAGAUCACAGAUCUGUGGAAUGUGAUAAAGUGGUGAAUGUCAGUGACCGGAAGAAAAUUCUCAGCGACAAGCACCGGUGUUUCAACUGCACUGGCGAAAAGCAUAGAGCAAGUGAUUGCAGAAGUAGGAGCCAAUGUUACAACUGCAAGAGAAGGCAUCACACUUCUAUUUGUGAUAAACUAAACGCAAAUCAAAAACUGCUGUGUCAACCUAGUGGGAAGGAUGUAGUUUAUCCAGUUGUGGUGGUAGAGAUGGGAGGACUAAAGUGUCGAGCACUUUUAGACACUGGGUCUGGGAGUUCAUUUGCAUCAAGCACGUUGUUAAACGCAAUUGGAAAAAAGCCAAUAAGACAAGAAUUUAAAUCAAUAGAGAUGAUGCUUCAAACAACAACAAGGAAGAUUGAUGUUUAUGAGGUGGAGAUUGCAGCUGUUGAUGGCAAUUUCAAGAUGUCAUGUGAACUGAAUCGAAUCGACAAGGAUGUGCUAAUGAAAGUGCCAAAUCCGAGGUAUAAAGAACUUAUUGAAACCCAUGAACACCUUAAAGGAGUACAUAUGAAUGAUAUUGAUGAGAAAGCACUUUUACCUGUGCAUCUAAUCCUAGGUGCCAGUGAUAUGUCUAGAAUCAAGACAACUGUACCUGCUAAGGUUGGGAACGAUGGGAUGCCAAUCGCUGAGAAAACUGCUUUGGGAUGGAUUAUCAUGUCACCGGGGCGAGAGAAGAACCAUUCCUACUUGAUGUUUACCAAGAGCUCCCAAGAAGACUACAUGCAUCUUUGUAGUCUGGACGUGCUUGGAUUAGAAGACCAUGUUGAAGGAGAUCAAGGGAGCGUGUAUCGAGAAUUUAAAGAACAGCUUACUCAGCAAGAGGACGGUCGAUAUGAGACAUCGUUACCAUGGAAGGCUCACCAUCCGGAGCUGCCGACCAAUUACCUUGUAGCCAAGAGGAGAUUUCAGUCAUUAUUCAACCGACUUGACAAACAGCCUGAACUGCUGAAGACUUAUCAUGAUAUAGUGGAAAAUCAACUCAAAGAUGGAGUGGUCGAGAUUGCGCCUGAGAAACCUGAAGGGAGCCGAGAGCAUUACAUUCCCCACAAACCGGUAGUACGAGAGCAAGCCGAGUCUACGAAAGUAAGAAUUGUGUUUGAUGCUUCGGCAAAAGCUGAUCAAAAAUCCCCAUCAUUGAAUGAUUGCUUGGACAUUGGUCCCCCACUCCAAAGAAGAAUCCUUGACAUACUACUUCGUAAUCGACUUAAACCUAUUCUCUUAGCUGGUGAUAUAAAACAAGCGUUCCUACAAAUAGUGAUUAGAGAGAACGAGCGAGAUGCGAUGAGAUUUUUAUGGAUAAACGAUCUACAAUGCAAAGAGAUGGUGGUGUAUCGUAUGACCAGAGCGAUGUUUGGGCUAGGCCCAAGCCCAUUCUUACUCGGAGGGACUUUGAACGUUCAUCUCGAGAAGUAUGCAGAGCACUAUCCACAAUGUGUUGAAGAAUUAUCUGAAGGAACGUAUGUUGAUGACAUAAACAUCGGAGGUGAUAAAGUAGAGGAGACGGUAGUACUCAAGGAGCAAGCCAAAGAAAUUCUCAGCGAGGGAAGCUUUGUUUUGCACAAAUGGCAUUCUAAUGCUGCGGAGUUAGAGAGUGACAACGUGGAAGACGGAGAAUCUACCUUUGCUAAAGAAACUUUGGGAACUAAGCCAUCGGAGACCAAGCUCCUGGGACUGGGAUGGAACAAAAAGGAGGAUACUUUGUCUGUAUCACUACCAAAGCAGAAAGUAGAAAUGACCAAACGGAUAGUUCUUCAAACAAUGGCGAGAGUAUAUGAUCCCCUGGGUUUAGCUAGUCCAUAUUUACUCACAGCUAAAGUAAUCUUCCGUGAUAUAUGUGAUCGUAAGCUCGGAUGGGAUGCUGAAUUACCUAAAGAUCUGAAGGAUCGAUGGAAGCGGUGGUUAGAUAGAUUACCAGGCAGUUUAACCUUCCCAAGAAGUAUCCCUCGAGAGAGAGUCGUCACUACCGAGAUUUACAUUCAUGGUUUCGCUGAUGCAAGUAUUCUGGGAUGUUGUGCCGCUGUCUACGUUGUGACCAAACAGGGUGCUCUAGUUUCUCAAGGGCUGCUAGUGUCCAAAACGAGACUGGCAAAGCGAGAUUUAACAAUUCCAAGAUUGGAACUAGUGAGUUGUCAUAUGGUCUGCAAUCUUAUUGACAAUGUCAGAAAGGUUCUUAGUCAUCUUCCAGUGAUAAGCGUUUGUGCGUGGAGCGAUUCGACCGUUUGUCUACAGUGGAUUAACGGACAGGGUAACUAUAAGCAAUUCGUAGCAAAUCGAGUGAAAAAGAUCACCGAGAAGCAAAUCGAGUGGAAGUAUGUUCCAACUCUGGAAAACCCUGCAGAUAUCGGCAGUCGAGGUACAACACGAGAUCUUCAAGCGAAUGAAACCUGGAUGAAAGGGCCUAGUUGGUUGAGUGAAACUGAAAAAUGGCCGGAGCAAGUAAAGAUCAAACCGAGCGAGAAGUCCGAGUCAGAAAGUCGAAUGAUGAGAGAAGUAAUGAAAGUUACCAUUCAGAAAGAGGCCGAUUUCAUCGAUUGUUUACUAGAGAAAUUCGGUCUGACUAAAACUGUUCGAAUUUUAGCUUGGGUCACGAGAUUUAUUGACAACUUCGUGUGUGGCAAGAAAGUCAACGGACCAUUAGUGACCGAAGAAACACAGAAGCAGAUGAAGUUCUUGAUUAAACGCGCACAAUCCGAGAGCGAAGCACUUGAGAUCUUCAAAGUGGAUUCUACCAGAUUAAAUCUUCAAAAGAAUGGCGAGGGAAUAUACGUGUGCCAAGGACGAAUCCAAGGUGAAUAUCCAGUGUAUCUGCCAGCAAAACAUGUAUUAUCUGAAUUGGUCGUAAAGCAAGCUCAUAUGAAGACCCUGCAUGGGGGAGUUGCCCUGAUCAUGAGCAAAGUCCGUGAAGAAUUCUGGAUUCCUAAAUUACGAACUUUGGCGAAGAAAGUUCUCAGUUGUUGUUAUGGUUGCAAGCGGUUCCAUAUAGUGCAUGAACCAACUCCACCUCAAGGUAAUUUACCAAAAGAAAGAACCGAAGGGAUGACGCCAUUUGAAAUCGUUGGUGUAGAUUAUGCUGGCCCUAUUUACUAUCGAAACAAGAACAAUGAACAGAAAUCGUAUAUCCUUAUCUACACCUGUUCCUUAACAAGAGGGCUCCACUUGGAACUUUUACCUGAUUUGAGUUGUGAGGAAUUCCUGGCAAGUUUCAAGAGGUUUGUAGCGGUUCGCGUAGACCAAAGAAGAUGA